CGCAUGUGCGUAUCAUUUCUGCAUGAUUUUGAGAGUUGCGCUACUGUGUGAAUAUCGUGCUGUGUUAUUAGUAUAUUGUCGCCUUGGAGCACUUUGGAGUAAAGAAAGAUGGCAACGGUUAGUAACGUGCGAUUGCUGCUCCUUGGAAUUCUCUGUAUUUUUGUCGUAAAAUUAUGCAAUGGCGCGGCGACGGACAUCGAAUUGGACGCUAAGGCACAGCUGCUGCAUCGUCUCGACAGUCUGAAUCUUUUGCUCUACACUUUCCUAUUGAUUUUAACAGUUUUAACGAUAUGGAUGUUCAAGCAUCGCCGCUUGAGGUUUCUCCACGAAACUGGCCUGGCUGUCAUCUAUGGCUUAAUUAUAGGAGCAAUAAUUCGCUAUGGUUUUGCCACAAGCAGCACUAUUCUGCACAUGCCUGUAGUUCCAGAUAAUUCUAGCAAAUACAAUCAAUCAGUACCACCUGACACAUUAUGGUUACGCUUUCCAGAAGACAAAGGUGGUGGCAUUGUGAAGAAUAAAACAUUUGCAUAUUCAUUCCGUGGUGAAAUCUACAAGGAAGAUAAUGAAAUUGAUUUAAAGGCAACUUUUGAUCCUGAAAUAUUUUUCAACAUUAUUCUACCUCCUAUUAUCUUCCAUGCAGGAUAUAGUUUGAAACGUAGAUACUUCUUCAGAAAUCUGGGUGCCAUUCUUAUGUAUGCUCUGAUAGGAACUUCCAUAUCAGCUUUUGUAAUUGGUGCUUUAAUGUACGGCUUUGUACAAUUGAUACCGCAUCUUUCCACAUCGUUCACGUUUCUGGAUACUCUGUAUUUUGGCGCUCUGAUAUCUCCUACGGAUCCUUUGACAAUAAUAUCCAUCUUUAAUGACUUACAUGUGGAUGUUAAUCUGUAUGCUUUGGUUUUCGGCGAAAGUGUGUUGAACGAUGCAGUCGCUAUCGUUCUUAGCGGCUCGAUACAAAACUAUGCAGAGCGGUAUCAGUUGGGAUCCGGCGGUUUCGAGACAGUAGCAUUCUUCCAAGCAUUUGGAGACUUUGUAGGGAUUUUCAGUCUGUCUCUCUUUAUCGGUGCCACUAUGGGUUGCAUUACUGCGAUGUUGACCAAAUUUACCAGAGUGCGAGACUUCCCUCUCUUAGAGUCGGCAUUGUUCGUCUUGAUGUCCUAUAGUACGUUUUUGAUUGCCGAAGCUGCCGACCUUACAGGUGUGGUUGCUGUUUUAUUUUGUGGAAUAUGUCAGGCACAUUACACAUACAACAAUCUAAGUCCAGACUCGCGUCAACGCACGAAGCAGCUGUUUGAACUUCUGAAUUUCUUAGCUGAAAACUUUAUAUUCAGCUAUAUCGGAGUGUCAAUGUUUACUUUCCCAAAGCAUCAUUUUGAUCCUGGUUUUAUUUUUGCAGGAUUUCUAUGUGCGUUGAUAGGUCGCGCGGCCAAUGUUUAUCCGCUAUCAUUCAUUUUGAAUCUGGCACGAAAACCAAAGAUUUCGUUGAAUUAUCAACACAUGUUGUUCUUCGCGGGAUUGCGCGGCGCCAUGAGCUUUGCACUUGCCAUUAGAAAUACCGUGUCGGAUGCUAGACAGGCUAUGUUGACCACAACGAGUCUUAUCGUUAUACUGACGGUCAUUCUGCAAGGUGGCGCGACAACACAAUUCUUAAGCUGGUUUAACAUUCCAGUUGGGGUAGACGAGGAAAUAGAAGGACUUUCUCACAACGGAACGCGUAACUCUGGCGGCGAUGGUGGCUACGCUGAUUUGGACACAAGUAGGGAGAGAAGUGUGCCGUAUAAUUCUAUGCAGGAUGGAUCAUUGCCAGGCAGUAGCAGCGGCGGCUCAAAGCCGAACGAGAAAGCAUUGCUCGCUCGAAUCUGGGGCGAUUUUGAUACCAAAUACAUGAAGCCUCUAUUGACACAUUCCAGGCCUACAUUGUUAGAAACAUUGCCGGUCUGUUGCAAUCCAUUAGCAAGAAUUCUUACUACCACACAACAAAUGACGCAGGAUGAUGUUGCAAGGAAAGCCGAUUCGGAUUCCGACUUCUGUCUGGAAGAUCGCGAGCUGGAACGGCGCCGGACUAGCGUACAGCCGACAAAUGUCAGGAGCCUCUGCACGUAGAUCGCAGUUGUGAACAUGACGUUUUAGAUUUAUUCUACCGCUCCUAUGUACAUACAUUUGUUGUAAGUGAUUUACGUUUAAGUAAUUAAUUAUCAAGCGUUUAUAGUUUAAGAUAUAUUUUUAAGAAUAAGUUAUAUUGUUUCCUAAAUCGUCAUGUCGACAUCUCACUUGUUGUACGUUUAAAUGCUGCAUUGACGUGCAUUCUUGUUGAGAGAUACCUCUACCAGUGAUAUUAAGAACUUACAUAUUUACGUUUGUAUACUAACACGAUUACACAUUAUUACGAUUCGAUAAGAAAGUCAAUGCUGCAGUUGCAGGUUUUAGCUUUUAAGUAUGAACCUUUCAAGCGGGCCUGUACAAGUUACAACGUAGAGAGCCUCGUAUCCACUUAUGGACGCGAUUCUUUUUGCUACCUCUCUGCCGCGCUUGCAUACCACAUGUAUGCACGCUCAUAUUGAAAUAUGCCUUAUUCUGUUUGUUGCCGUCUCAGUGAGAUAAUAUAAAUAAAGAAACAAGUUUGUAAACUUUCGUUUGCACUUGAACAGGCUUGUUUUAGACAAUAAAAUCACGAUGUUUUUAAAUGGUUGAUUUAAUUUAGUUGGUUUUUAAUUAAUUGCUAACUUUUCCAAAUCACAUUCAGUAUUGUAAAGAACAAUCUGUUAAACAGAAAACAAAAAUCGAAUGGAAAUAAAAUCUUGAAGUACGAUUUGUUAUAUCUCUCUGCUGAGAAAUCAACAUUCGAGUCGAAAUAUUUUAUUUCCAGUUUAUUUACUUGAUUUGUAAUUUGAGAAACACUUGAGAGAUAUGUCUUGAAAGCAAAUUUAUUAUUAUUCUUUCUUUUCUACAAAUGACGGUAAUAUCAGCCCGUACGCGUAUACAGAUACGAUAAGAAAAUUCGUCGAUGUACAAGCCGGAGGAGCGAUUUGGAAUUGAGUCUUGAUAUAUUUUUAAUACUUUUGUGGGACAGUUGGGGACAGUGAUGAUGAUGAGAGAAGUUAGUCCGGGACCACUACCGCUACAUACACGAGUCGCCCUGCCAGGUCUGGUUGGUAGAC